CCGGUUGAGGACGGGGCCGGGAGGAUAGGGGGGCAUGGCACGUCACGCUCCCGAACCCAUCCAGCCUCUAUCCAUCCAUCCGUCUGGGUCUGGCCUAUCUCACCUGCACCACCACCACCACGGCAACCAACCAAUCAAUCAGUCAGUCCACCUCCACUCCACUCACCAGCACCAGCUAGUGAUCCGGGGCGAGCCUCGCUUUCCACGGAGCGCUGCCUGCCGCCGGAGCACGCGCCAGCCUAGCCAGCCAGAGAAAGAAAGAAACGGAGCGAGAGGGGAACGGAGGGAGGCCGGGCAUGGCGACGCCGGAGCGCGCGCGAGCGGGCCGCGGCAACGCGACGGCCACCGCCAUCGCGACCAACCGGUGGGGGCCCUACUCGGGCGCGGGCGACUUCGCGGGCAACAUGGCCAUCAUCCUCGCCUCCCUGCUCGCCGCGCUCGCCCUCGCCCUCGCGCUCCACGCCGGCGUCAGGUGCCUGCUCCGCCGCCGCCGCCUGCAGCGGGAGGGGCGGGGCGUCGACGGCGCGGCUGAAGGGGACCCGGAGAAGCCGGCCGUGGCCGAGCCGGCGCCGCCGCCCCCGCUGCCGCCGCUGCUGGUGUACUCGGCGUCCGGGACGCGGCUGGCGGGCGCGGCGGCGCACGAGUGCGCCAUCUGCCUGGCCGAGUUCGCGGACGGCGACGCCGUGCGCGCCAUGCCAUCCUGCGGGCACGGCUUCCACGCGCGCUGCAUCGAGCGCUGGCUGGCCGUCCCCGCCCCCGCCGCGGGGUCGCGCCGCCCCUCCUGCCCGACCUGCCGCGCGCCGGCCGCGCCGCCGCCCUGACGCCCGCCGCGCGCGACAAAUGUUCCCUGGCUGUGUUGGCAAGCGCCCUCUCUCGAGUUCUUCUCUUUUUUCCUUCUUCUUUCAAUUUGUUCCGUGUGUAGAUAUCCAUCGAGUCCGGGAUUUGGAUUUCGAAACUGGCUCCAUGUACGUCUGCGUUAAUUUAUUAUUAGCAGUAUAUA